AUGGACUCUGACGGUGAUGAGUUCAUGAGCGAAUUAUCGAAUGAGUUCCUUGAUGAUAGCGACGAUGGCAGUCUAGGGGAUGAAUACGAAGACAACGAUACCGUUUUCUCGGACGAUAAGGACCUCUACAAACAGAAACGGAAACCAUACGAGGUCGAAUACAAAGUUCUAGCACCAGCAGAGAUCAAGCGUGAUCAACUCGGCCAGGUUAAUGAGGUUUCCACUAUCCUCGGUCUGCCACCAGAGUGGGCGGCUGUCCUCUUGCGGUUCUCCAAGUGGAAGAAGGAGAAGUUGAUUGAGGGAUACAUGGAGCAGCCGGAGAAGAUAUUAGAGGAUGCAGGUCUAGGAUCGAACUUGGACCACUCGGCUCAGAUCGAGGUUUUGUCUGACUUCACUUGUGACAUCUGCUGUGAAGAUGGACCGAACCUCGAAACUUUCACCAUGCGGUGUGGUCAUCGUUUCUGCGUAGAAUGCUACCGGAAUUAUCUAGCCCAAAAAAUUCUGGAAGAAGGCGAGGCCUCCCGUAUUGAAUGUCCUGGUGAGGGCUGUCAUCAGGUAAUGGACUCAAAGUCACUGGACCUAUUGGUGACUGAUGAUCUCAAAGACCGUUAUCAAUUUUUUCUUCUUCGAAAUUUUGUGGAUGACACGGAUAAUCUUCAUUGGUGCCCGGCCCCUGACUGCGAGUAUGCGAUUGAAUGUCACGUCAAGCCUCGCGAUCUGCCCCGUAUUGUGCCGACGGUGCGCUGCGAAUGUCAAAACCAAUUCUGCUUUGGCUGUUCUCGAGCCGACCAUCAACCCGCACCGUGCAACCUAGUCAAGCUAUGGCUACAGAAGUGUGCGGACGAUUCCGAGACUGCCAACUGGAUCUCCGCCAAUACCAAGGAGUGCCCAAAAUGCCUUUCUACCAUCGAGAAGAAUGGGGGCUGCAAUCAUAUGACAUGCCGGAAAUGCAAGCAUGAAUUCUGCUGGAUGUGCAUGGGUUUGUGGGCGGAGCAUGGCACGGCUUGGUACAACUGCAACCGAUAUGAAGAAAAGUCCGGACAAGAAGCACGUACGGUCCAGGCCAAGUCCCGGCAAUAUCUCGAACGGUAUCUCCACUAUUACCAUCGAUACUCCAACCACGAAAAUUCUGCCAAGCUAGAUGAAGAACUUUUCAUCAAGACGGAGAAGAAGAUGACAAGCCUGCAAUCCACGUCCGGGUUGUCCUGGAUCGAGGUUCAGUUCCUUGAAACGGCAUCGCGGGCGUUGCAACAGUGCCGUCAGACAUUGAAGUGGACAUAUGCAUUUGCAUACUAUCUGGCACGCAACAACCUCACUGAGAUCUUUGAGGAUAACCAGAAGGACCUAGAAAUGGCCGUUGAGUCUCUCAGCGAGAUGUUCGAGAAGGAAGUCUCCGAACUCGCCAAUCUGAAAGUGGACAUUUUGGAUAAGACCGCUUACUGCAAUAAACGUCGUGUCAUUCUACUAAGUGAUACUGCAGAAAAUUUGAAGCGAGGUAUGACUGCUCAACUUAUAUCUCUAUACCGCACGAUGCAGUGCACAUGCUAA